AUGAAUACUUUCAAGAAGCAAAUAUGGACGUAUGAUCCAUUAUAUAAUACCGAAGUAAGAUUAUUUAUUAAAGACAUAUUUAAUUUAACAUGUAUUCAACAUCAAAUAAUUGAUGGUAAAACUGGAACGGAAAAACAAGUAUCGGUAUUUUACUAUGGUAAAACGAAAAGGUCAAUGCAACUUAUUGAUAUCAUUGGGAUAGUUAGAGCCAUUGAUAUAAUUAAACAGAAAGUGAUUAAAUAUUAUCUUGACGACGGGACAUCUACCAUUGCAUGCGUGGCGUUCGCGCCAGAAGAUAAAUCUUUUACGCAGCAGCGAGGUGAUCCAACGAGUUCAUCGGGAAGUAGUUCGAUUUGUUCUACACCACAAAUAUCAUCCAUUAUUAAAAAUACUAAAUUUAACCUAACAGAGUUGGUUAGGGUGAUUGGAGUAAUUAAUGAAUUUAAUCAAAAGAGAGAGAUUAAAAUCCGUCAUAUGGAAAAACUUGAAGAUCCGAAUGAAGAAUUACUUAGAUGGACUGAAAUACUUUACUUAAAAAAUCACGUAUAUUGCAGAGAGUACAAUAUCUCACACCAUCAAAAUCCGGGACGAGAAAUCUCACUUGUGAAACCAACCAAUAAAGUUCACCGGAAUAAUAUAUCAGAAUAUUAUUCAAAAAAAAUGAAGACAUCAUCAGUCAAACCAAAGGAUAGUGAAACGUUGAAGAGACGCAUUAAAGAAUACAUUAAAAACAAUGAACUAAAUGAAUUUAGGUUUAGUAGAAUUAUUGAAGUAGCUGAACUACAACAAGUUGCAAUCAAAAUCUUACAUUCGAAAGGAGGAGAUGGAUUUAAUUCCGAGAAAAAGGUUAAUGAAGAAGUUAGAAAUUUAUUUAAGAAAACAUUGAGAAGUUUGGUACAAGAUGAGAAAUAUUUACAAUCGGAUCCGAAUUUAAUUUCAUUUAAAGUCAUCAAAGGGUAA